AUGUUUGAGACCUACGUGCUUCCCGGCAUCCUGAUCCUUGUCCAUUCGCUGGCGCUGCUGGUGGUGCUGCUCGUUUUCACCGCCUUCAUCCUCUAUGCCGACCGGAAGAUCUGGGCGGCCGUGAUGUCGCGCCGCGGCCCCAACGUGGUCGGCCCGUUCGGCCUUCUGCAGUCGUUUGCCGAUCUUCUGAAGUUCGUGAUCAAGGAACCGAUCAUCCCGUCGGGCGCCAACAAGGGCAUCUUCCUGCUCGCGCCCCUGGUCUCCGCGGUUCUGGCGCUUGCCGCAUGGGCGGUGAUCCCGGUUCAGCAGGGCUGGGCGGUUGCCAACAUCAAUGUCGGUAUCCUGUUCGUCUUCGCCGUCUCGGCGCUCGAGGUCUACGGCGUGAUCAUGGCCGGCUGGGCUUCGAACUCAAAAUAUCCUUUCCUCGGCGCCCUGCGCUCGGCCGCGCAGAUGGUGUCCUAUGAAGUCUCCAUCGGAUUCGUCAUCGUCACCGUUCUGCUGCUGGUCGGCUCGCUCAACAUGACCGACAUCGUCCUGUCGCAGCAGGAUGGACUUGGCACACGUCUCGGCCUGCCCAACACCUUGCUGGACUGGCACUGGUUGGGCCUGUUCCCGAUGUUUGUCAUCUUCUUCAUCUCGGCGCUGGCCGAGACGAACCGUCCGCCGUUCGAUCUUGUCGAGGCCGAAUCCGAACUCGUCGCCGGCCACAUGAUCGAGUACUCCUCGACGCCCUACAUGCUUUUCAUGCUCGGCGAAUACAUCGCCAUCCUUCUGAUGUGCGCGCUGACGGUGAUCCUGUUCAUGGGCGGAUGGCUGCCGCCGUUCGAUUUCGCGCCGUUCACAUGGCUGCCGGGCGUCUUCUGGUUCAUGUUCAAGCUGUGCCUGGUGUUCUUCAUGUUCGCCAUGGUCAAGACGAUCGUGCCGCGUUACCGCUACGACCAGCUCAUGCGUCUUGGCUGGAAGGUGUUCCUGCCGAUCUCGCUGUUCAUGGUGGUGGCCACCGCCGCCUUCCUGAAGCUGACGGGCUGGGCAUAA